GACCUUUUGUUUUGCAAGGAAGAUAAAGAGGGAAAGAUUGAGCAGAUCAUGAUUGGUCCAAUUACCUACGGUCAGACAAUUUCAUCAUAUGUUGCAUUCAGCAAAGAGUUAAUUAUGGAAUCGGAUAUCUUAGGGGAUGAACGCUUUCCUAUGGGUACUGGCAUUGAUAACGGUCAAGCCAACUCUCUUCUUGUUUUACCAAUUUUGCUACCUAAUGGAGAUAUACUUGGUGUUAUAGAGCUUUCUCGUAAUGAGAAGAGCAAGCCAUUUAAUGAAGAAAAUAAACAGGUGGCAUGCAUGUACCUCACAUGGGUUGGUAUUGCUAUUCAUAAAAUUCAGGUGUGUCAAAGCUUGGAACAGCAACAAGAAUUCAACAGGUUUUUACUAGAGGUCUCUAGGGUGAUUUUUGAUGAUAUUGUUGCUACUGAUAAUCUGACGGAGCACAUUAUGACGUUCACUAAGAGCUUGGUGAAUGCAGAUCGCUGUGCAUUGUUCCUAUUGGACGAAACCAACAAUGAACUUUAUGCAGAUCUAUUUGAUGAGGGUUUAGAACUCGACGGGAAACCAGUCUUCACAAAGAAAAACCAAAUAAGAUUUUCCGUUGAGAAGGGGAUAGCAGGGCAUGUAGCUAGAACUGGCGAUGUGGUCAACAUUCCAGACGCAUACAGUGACUCCAGAUUUAAUAGGGAAGUUGACAUAAAGACUGGUUAUACAACCAAAAGCAUUCUGUGCAUGCCGAUCCUAAGUCAAGGUUCUGUGAUUGGAGUUGUUCAGAUGAUAAACAAGAAAGGAUCGGAUAUGGCAUUUAGUAGCACAGAUGAAUCGCAUUUCCGUGUAUUUGCUGUGUAUUGUGCAUUAGCUCUGCACUAUUCUAAGAUCUAUGGAACAAUCCUGCGGUCAGACUGUAUGCUUGCUGUUGCUACUGAGCAAGUGGCAUUCCAUAUCACAGCAACCCCUGCCCAGCAUAAGAGACUGAUGGACAGGCCACUACCAAAGACAAUUCCACCAGAUAUUAAUGAGUUUCAGUUUGAUGUACGUCCAUCUACCAAUACAUUUUGCGAGCUGUUUAUCUACAUGACAUAUGAACUUUUUGGCGAGGACACUUUUGACUUAUCGACGCUCGCUCGCUUCAUUCUGACUGUGAGAAACAGUUACCGGCCCGUGCCUUACCACAACUUUGAGCACGCAUUUACAGUGACGCAUUGUAUGUACUGCCUCCUGCAAGCAACUCAAGGUCUUUUCUCCGAUAUAGAGAUGCAGUCACUGUUCUUUGCCUGUAUCUGCCAUGAUCUGGAUCAUCGUGGCUUCACAAACACCUUCAAUCAGAAGUUUGAAACUCCUCUGGCUUCCCUGUACGCUACAUCCACGAUGGAACAACAUCACUUUAGCCAGACUGUGUUCAUUCUGCAGUUGGAUGGUCAUAACAUCUUCUCGCAUCUCCCUAACAAUGUCUAUAAACAGAUGCUUGGUCAUAUCCGACAUAACAUCUUGGCAACUGAUCUUGCAUUGCAUUUUGAGAACCAGAAAGAGUUGGCUAAGAUAUGCUUAACGGAUAAUCUAUGCAUUACCAACCCAAAGCACAGAGGUCAUUUACAUUCGCUGAUGAUGACGGCUUCAGACUUGUCUCUAUCUGCCAAGUACUGGCCGGUACAACGGGAGACAGUAGAUCACAUCUACGAAGAAUUCUACCAACAGGGUGAUGUUGAGAAGCAGAACGGAUAUGAACCGAUUCCAAUGCUGAAUCGAGAUUUCAAAGACAAACUUGCCCAAGAACAGGUGAAUUUCUACAAAUUUGUUUGUCUACCAACCUACACAACCCUAUACCAAGUUCUUCCAGUCACACAGUCUCUGCUGGAGAGCACCAAGGACAACUACCUCCAAUGGGAACGAGCGAUGCAAGGCAAAAGCACCUUAAUGUGGAAUGUAGACAGCUCACGGACAAAGGAGAACAAAUCCUAAAAUAAAGAUAAAAACUUGUCUUCCAAUUUGUUGACACAGUGUUGGGUUUGUGCAAUACAAUUUAUGGGUACUGUAACUUACGUAUCCAACUUAACUUAAAUGAAAUAUGCAAUGAACUUAUACACAGAUGCAAUAUAAUAUUUAAAAUAAUAUAUUUUAAGUCUUUUUCUUAAACGAAAUUUAAAUAUUGGAAUGUUAAUUGAUUUUGAAAUUAAGUACAGUACAGUACUCAAAAUUUAAAAUGUUCUAGAUUUUUAGCUAAGUUUUUGUUAAGUUGUGAUCAACAUUUUGUUUUAAGGUGAUGCUACAGGUAGCUAGAGAUAAGAACAAAAAUUAAAAUGCAAUUAUCUAAAAAUUAUAUUUGUUUUAUUCAAACAACAUUUGUAAACAUUCUUUAUAAGUUACAACCUUGUAUUAUAAAGUUUAAUGAAUUUUAUAAUGUUGUGUUUUGACUGUUUAUAUUUUGCUGUAAAAAAUUCAGUACACUGACAUAUUGUAGAAAUUUCUUUAAAAUAAAAUUGUACCUGUUUCUGAAGUAGAGCUAAUAAUUCACUUGGCUGAUCAAAAGUACAAGUUCUAAUUUGAAAAACUGUAAUGUAAAUUUGAAUUUUACUUGAUUUCAAAUUAAAAUUAUACACACAUUUUGUGAUUGAAUUUCUGAAAA